AUGCCCCGUAUUAAGAAGAAGCCUGAAGACCGAGGUGGCCAUGCCUCCUCAUUUGAUACCAAAGUAGUUGUUUUGAAGAAAACUCAACCGACAAUUCCAAAACCUAAAAAUAUUCCCGGAGUCUCCUCUUCUGUUAUGUAUAACGAAGCGACCGAUACCUUAGUGGUUAAAAAGUUCCCGCGUGGCUUUGGGAAAGCUGUACGUAUGGCACGUGAGAAGUUAUCUCUUAAUCAAAAACAAUUAGCUGCUAAAAUCAGUAAACCUUUACCAGUUGUUUUUGAUAUUGAAAAAGAAGAUGCUAUCUAUGAUAAGGACGUGUUAGUACGACUGGAGAAGGCCUUACAAACUAAAUUCGACCCAAAAUUCACUCUUUGA